CAAAAAGGUAACAGGUUGUCUACCACAGGACAGGGCUGUCUGCCUAUCCGAUCCACCAACGUUACAGUUUUGUAUCUUUAAAUUACUAGAACCCCCACAAAUUGCUGGAAAGUAUACGGCCGGAUGAGGGAUAGCAGAUUUCAGACACUGAAAAUCCACAGAGAACUAAGAGUCCGACAACAACUCACAAAAGAAGUAUGUCUGGGCCCGCCCCUGGCAGCAAGACCCCUGUGGAUUAUGGCCUUCAGAUCCGCUUCAUAAACGACCUGCAGGACUCGGGAGGGGGCCCAGGUUCCUCGCCGGCCGGGGUAGCCCGGCGAGAUGCCCCAUCUAAGCCCCCGUCCGGUGGCGGCGGAGGUGGCAGCCGGCCUUCACGCUACGGGGUGGCGGUGCGAGUGCAGGGUAUCGCUGGCCAGCCGUACGUGGUGCUCAAGGAGGGCCAGAAGGGCGACUCAUAUGGAGUUCAGCUCAAGACGCACAGCUACAACAGCCUGCCCAGACACAGAGAGACCCCUGGCCAGAGGUCGUACCCCCCAGCAGACGACGGCGGGCAUCUCCGCCGCGCCCAGUCUCACGGCUCCCUGCUGGACCGUGACGGCGACGCCAGCGACGAGUUCCCCGACCACCUGGGCCGGCCCCCGGGAGACGGCCGCUCCGGCAGCUAUGGCAACCUAGAUGGGGGGAUAGGAGUUGGAAGAGAGAGAGUGCGGAGAGGAGGAGGAGGAGGAGGAGGAGGGUUGCAGAGGAACCAGUGGGGCGGGUCGCACGGUGUGGGGCUCAACGGCUCGCCAGGAACGGGCAGUGAGUACGGCUCCUCGGAGUCCUUCCCCGAAAGUCCCCCUCGAGCGGCCAGUGCCCCACAUCACCAGCCUCCACCCAGCCAGCCGCAAUACCACCAGCCCCCACCCAGCCAGCCGCAAUACCACCAGCCCCCCCCCGGCCAGCCCCCACCCAGCCAGCCGCAAUACCAUCAGCCCCCACCCAGCCAGCCUCCACCCAGCCAGCCGCAAUACCACCAGCCCCCACCCAGCCAGCCGCAAUACCACCAGCCCCCACCCAGCCAGCCGCAAUACCACCAGCCUCCAGCCAGCCAGCCGGAGCAGCAGCAGCCUCCGCCAAAGCACGUCCCUGUCAACCGCCUCAUCAGUCAGUUCAACGGUGGCCGUAGUACUGGAGGAGCCGCCAGGGGGCGCUCUCCCGACGUGGAUUCAGGACGCCCAGCUGCACCUCCUCCUUACGCUGCCCCCUCCGUCGUCUCGAACCCGUACUCCUCGCUCCCCUCGUCCAGUCAGAGCAGCCUGGGGCGGGGCUCGGGGUCUGUCGGCAAGGUAACGCCGGUGCACAAUUCCACCUCUCCUUCACCAGCCAAUGAGUGGCAGUCUCAGGGGCGAUAUGUUGCUGUGGAGACAGUACCUGCCAAUCAAGCAGAGGCACAGGUGACCCCUGACCUUUUGCUAGACCAGGGUCAGAGUUCAGGCUCUGAGCUCUCCAAUGAGGACGACCAGAUUCUGCAGAUGAUCUACAGUGUCCUACGGCAUGGGAGCACCGAGAGUGAUGCUGUCAUCAAACAGAAGGCCCGAGUGCUCUGGAACAAGAUCCGCCCUCUCAAGGGUCCUCAGGCAGUGAGGGCUGACCCCACCCUGAAGGCAGAGCUGGAGGAGUCUCGGGACGAGUGUCUGAGCCUGCAGGAGCAGCUGGACCGAAAGAAGAUCGAGCUUCAUCAGAUACACACUGAGCUGACUCAGUUGCGGAUGGACAGGGAGAGUGCUGAGGCUCGUGUGCGGGAGCAGGAGGAUCAGCUGGCUGGACUGCAGGAGGAGCUGAGGAGAGAAGCCGAGAACAGAGCACACACCGACACACUGCAGACGGAGCUGAUGGCGUUGCAAGCGGACCAGGUGGAGCUGCAGGCAGCGCGUCAGAAGCAGGACGAGGCGCUGCGGCAGAGAGAGCGCGAGCUCACCGCCCUCAAGGGGGCGCUCAAGGACGAGGUGGCCACACACGACCGUGAGAUAGAGGCCCUCCGGGAGCAGUACAGCCAGGACAUGGAGAGGUUCCGCCUCAACAUGGAACAGGUGUCACAGUCUCAGGCUGGUAUCGAGGCGGAGCGGCAGCGAGUGAACAGCUCGGUGAGGUCCUUGCAGCAGCAGCUGGAGGAGAGCAGGGAGGAGGGCGAACACUGGAGGGGCCAGUUCCAGAGCAGCAGGGAUGAGCUGCGCUCCACCAAGCAAGAGCUGCUUCAGGCUCGUCUGGAGAAGGACGAGUUUGAAGAGGAGCUCAAGGAGCUGCAGGAGAAAGUGGACUUCAUGAAACAGCAAAUGCCCGACCCCAAACAAGCAGAUGCACUCAAAAAGGAGCUGGAGCGUUGCCGUGCCGACCUGAAGGAGGCGCAGGCGGAGGUGGACAAGAUGAGGUCGGAGCGGGACAAGAAGCUGAUGGAGGUCGUGACCCUGAAGAAGGGCCACCAGGAGCAGGAGGCCGAGCUCACCUACGAGCUGGAGCGCCUCCGGGAGCAGACGCGCCGCGACAAGGACGAGCUGGCCAAAGCACACGAGAAAGCCAAGAAGCUAGCUGAGCCCUCAUUGGUGGAGGCGCUGCGCGUGGAGCUGAAGGAUGCGCAGUCGGAGGCGGAGCAAGUGCGCGGGCGCCUGGCGGAGCGAGACGAGGAGCUGCAGACGGAGCGAGAGCGACUGCUGUCUGCGCAGACGCAGCUGCACACGCUCAGAGACCAGAGAGAGGAGCAGGAGGACGCACACACACGCCUCAGAGAGAAGCUCACACGACUUGAGUCCCAGCUGCAGGAGCGCGAGUGCCAGAGUUCAGAGGCCGAGCAGGAGCUCCAGCAGGAGGUGGAGAGGCUGAAGGCCCAGCUGGACGAGGCCCGGCGUGGCAGCUCCAAGCUGGGCAGGGAGCGGGAGGCGCUGACCUUCCGGCUGGAGGAGGGAGAGCGGGAGAGAGAGUCGCUGCGCAAGGAGAACGGCCUGCUGGAGGAUCAGAAGAGACAGGCCGAGAAAACACUGGACAGACUCACCAAGGAGCUUGAUCAGGCGUCGGCGGACGGCCGUAAGGCAGUGGAGGCGGUGCAGGUGCAGCUGGAGGAGCAGAGGGAGCGCGGCCGCCGCGAGCAGCAGGAGCACCAGAAGCUGGGCCGAGAGCGCCUGGUCGAGCUGGAGAAGGCCCAGAGUGCGCUGCGCUCCGUCCAGGACGAGCUGUCUCGGCAGAAGAAGGAGUACAUUGCGUGUAGUGAGGAGAAGGACAAUGCUUUGCUGGACAGGGAGCUGCUGACCAAUCGCCUGCGCCACCUGGAGGUGGAGGUAGAGAACCAACGCGGCAGCCAGAGUGACAAGGCCCGGGAGAUGCGCAGCAUGGAGGAUAAGUUGAAGCAUUUGGAGAUGGAGCUGGAGGAGGAGAAGAACACAGUGGAGCUGAUGACUGAUCGAAUCAACAGGAGCAGAGAUCAGAUAGAGCAGAUGCGCUCUGAACUCAUGCAAGAGAGGUCCUCCAAACAAGAUCUGGAACUGGACAAAAAUGCCCUGGAGAGACAGAUAAAGGAGUUUAAGAGUCGCAUGGUGGAGAUGGAAGGGCAGUCACGCUCGUCGUCUGGUGUCUCUCAGCUGGAGUCCAAAGUUGUUGAGCUGGAGGAGAGACUGCACUCUGAGGAGAGGGAGAAGAACACUGCCCUGUCCUCACAACGUCGCUUGGAGAGGAAGCUGAAGGACCUUAACAUGGCACUGGACGAGGAGAGACAACAGUCCACAGACCAAAGAGACCAGCUGUCUCUGCGGGUGAAGGCCCUGAAGCGGCAGGUGGAUGAGGGGGAGAGUGAGCUGGAGCGUGUGGAGGGUCUGCGCAGGAAGGCCCUCAGGGACAUGGAGGAGCAGCAGGAGCUCAAGGAGGCCCUGCAGUCACGAGUCAGCGCCCUGGAGAACGAACUCAAGAGGAAGACCCAGCAGGCCAUGCGCCCCGUGCUGGACUCCUCCGCCCUGAGCUCGGACGACGACGACGACUACAACGACAGCCUGUACGACUCCUCCCGCAUCGCCUCCAUCCUCACCGAGAGCAACCUGCAGACCAGCUCCUGCUGAGAGGCAGGCGGAGGUGGAGGUGCUCAGGCCACAGGCCGACUCGGGCUUCUGUGUAGAAUCUACGCUGUUGGUACCAGCACGGUCUCAUCUUUUUAAAAGCCAAACAAGCGAUUCUUAUAUAUAAAUAUGGGCAUUUACAGAGAUUGGUCCAUCAUCCAUCUUUCUUUAUUUUUUCCAGCCAGCAUUACUUACAGUACACACACAUACACGUGAUUACAAAUGCUCACAGUGGUGUAGUCCUCUCAUGUGGGCUACAGCACAGGUGUUGGAUAGAGCCCAUGCAUGGCAUAACCAUAAUUCAGCCGUAUGGCCUGAUGUACCGACAGCUCAGAUUCAACACAGAAGCGCCGACCGGAGCAGCAAGGACACUUUAGGUGGCAGCACAGGGUCUGAGUGAGCUGGCGUCUACACCAGAGCAGUAGGGUAGCAGGGGCUGCCGAGGGAGGCGUGCGGACCAGAGAUGGGACAACCCGGCUUCAGGAAGUAAAUCUUACCAUGUAUUGGUUCUACCUGUGCCCCUAACACAGGUGAUUUCACUUGUCCGCUCAUCCACCUGGCUGAAGAGUUGAGCAAAUCAGAAUCUGCUUGUUUAGUGAACGGUUGCGACAAAUACACUACUCACAAAAAAGUCAGGGAUAUUCGGCUUUUGGGUAAAAUUUCAGGAUAAGCCUAAAUUCCAUUAUAACCUUUACAAGUGAACUUAAUGUGACCUUCUCUAAACUUUGAAUGUGCAUGUCCAACAGUUCAGUAUUUCAGUACUUUCUGAAAAUGAAACUAAAAAAUGUAAUUUUACCCAAAAGCUAGAUUUGUGAGUAGUGUAUUUGGUAGGACGUAUUUUCUUAAGCCAGGUUUCCCGUCUCUGGACUGUAGGAGUUUAAAGGUGUUAUGGGACUCACUUGGAGUGCCCGGG